AUGGAAGAACCUAAAUGUGAUAUUUUAUAUGAACAUAUGAAUUAUGAAAAUAAAAUAAAAUUAAUUAACAUAGCAAAGGAAAUAUAUAUAAAUAUAAAUAAUAAUAAAAUAAAUUCUUGGAGAAAUGCAACUAUAGCUUUAAGAGAUAAAAUAAAGGAAGUUUUAGAUUUUAACGAAAAAGGUUGGCAUAUAAUAAUUGGAUCCAAAUUUGGAUUUUUUUGUACUCAUGAAAUUUAUCAUGCUUUGCAUUUUAAAUUAGAUCAUAUAGAGUUCCUUAUUUUUAAACAUGGAUAA